AAACUUAUCAAUGAGUUCAGGGCCGUCAUCACAGCCAACGACACAGGCAGUCAGUUACAACACGAGGUGAGAAGCCUAGGGAAGGAUGCAAGGCAGGAGUUACUACGGAGUGCGGGAAUAACUCUAGAGAUUCCUCCAGAGGCAGGACUGGCUAUGAAGGCUGACUGCUCCCUUCCCUGGUUGCGACUGAGAAAAAUUCGUAGAUUCCUCAAAGACUGGGGCAUAGACUUCUCAAGUGAGCGA